AUGUUUAGAGCUGCUAUUCAGAAACUGAAGGCGAACUUUGUGGGGUCUCCGACGCCGCUAGCGUCUAGUGCGCCCGCAAGCAAGGCUCAGAUCAAUUUGGCAGAGUAUAACGUCGUCUCCGAGGGUAAAGCGCAAAUCUUAUUUCCAGAAAAGGAGACCGUGUUCUACAACCCGAUCCAGCAGUUCAAUAGGGAUCUCAGUGUGACAUGUAUCAAGGCAUGGGAUAACUUGUAUGGAAGCAAGGCUAUUCGCGGCAAACGUGUCGGCAGCAAUGGCAAGCGCUCCUUCGAUGGAACAGAUCAAGAGGCCACAAAAAAGCGGAAGUUGGCUGCCUCGAAGGAAGCGGUCGACCCUACAGGUAGCGGCUCAGAUGAUCCUGGGCGGUACAUUAAGGUUUUAGAGGCCUUAUCUGCCACCGGACUACGUGCGAUCCGGUACGCGCACGAGAUCCCCCAUGUGAAGAAUAUAGUUGCAAAUGACCUCCUUCCCGAGGCGGUUGACUCCAUACGCAGGAACAUCGAUUAUAACCACUUAUCGCACCUGAUUACUGCGAACCAGGAUGACGCCAACGUGUUGAUGUAUCGCUCAAAAGCGGAGGGCAAGAAGUUCCACGUGAUUGACUUGGAUCCGUACGGUACCGCAACUCCAUUUAUCGACGCUUCGCUCCAGUCUAUAGAGGAGGGCGGCCUUAUGUUGGUGACCUGUACCGACUUAUCUGUGCUAGCUGGCAAUGGAUACCCAGAAAAGUGUUUUGCCCUUUAUGGGGGGGUGAACAUGGCUGGGCACGAUGCCACGCACGAAAGCGCGCUACGACUAGUCCUAAACUUGCUAUCGCAAAGCGCUGCGAAGCAAAAGAAGUACAUUGAGCCGCUACUCUCUCUCAGUAUUGACUUCUACGUUCGUGUCUUUGUAAGAGUGAGGACUAGCCCCAGCGAAGUGAAGAAUCUGCAACACAACACUAUGAUUGGGUACAUGUGCAGCGGGUGCAGCGCCUGGCAUACUCAAAGACUUGGUAAGCAGUCCCAGCGUGCUUCCAAGAAGGGAAAACCUUAUACUAAGUACUCCCUUGCCCAAGGACCACCAGCUGACAAGCGUUGCCACUACUGUGGGAGUCCUCAUCACGUAUUUGGUCCCAUGUACGCUGGUCCAUUGCACAACCACGAGUUCAUCGAUGAAGUGUUACGCAUUAACGAGGAGGAGCACCAGGAUGACAUCUAUGGGACGCGAAAGAGAAUCAAGGGUAUGUUGACGCUCGCUCGGAAUGAGCUACCGGAGCCUUUCUACUUUGUACCAACGUCCAUCUCUUCUAUAUUGAAAUUCCAAGUUCCACCACUUAAGACUGUGGUUGCUGGACUAGGCUCAUUGGGGUACGCGUGCUCUCUAACUCACGCCAAGGCGUCUUCUCUUAAAACAAACGCUCCAUGGGAUGCUAUCUGGUACGUUAUGAAACGUUAUUGUUUGGACAAUGAGCUUGCAGAUAUCAAGAAAAUGAACCAGAACGGAUUUGGAUAUAAAAUCCUAACCAAUGAGAGCAUCGACGGAUCCACAGAUGAAUGGGCCGAAAAGCUUUCAUUUUCUCCCAAUCAGCAAAGUAUUGAUCUAGAGAGGCUAAGGAAGUUGAAAAUAGUGCGAUACCAGGAAAACCCGACCAAAAAUUGGGGACCAAAAGCAAGACCGCAGUAG